AUGCAGCUCCGCUCUUUGCUGUCUCUCUCCCUCGUCGCGGCCACGGUCCUCGCCGCCCCCGUCCCCGCCACCGUCGCCGCCGCCGCCGUCCGGAAACGCGACCUGGCCUCGAUCCAGGCCGCCCUCAACACCAUCAACUCGGCGCUCCAGGGCCUCGACAACUCGGUCAAGGCCACGACGUCCGUCACCAUCGGCGGCGGCAUCCAGCUCCUCGGCGCCGUCGGCGGCGUCAAGACGUCGAUCCAGGACGCCACGACGCAGGUCCAGGCCUCCCAGCCGCUCAACAAGCAGGACGCGCGGAACCUCAAGGCCGCCACCGACGCGCUGACGAACAACGUCAAGGUCACCAUCAACGACGUCGUCGCCAAGAAGAGCCUCGUCGACUCCCUCGGCGCCACCCCGCUCGUGGCCGUCGCCCUCCAGGACCAGAAGACGGCCAGCGUCGCCCUCGCCCAGGCGCUCGUCAGCAAGGUGCCGCCCGAGCUGAACGCCGACGCGCAGAAGAGCGCCACCGCUCUCAGCACCGUCCUGGACCAAGGCAUCGGCAUCUUUGGCGGGACCACGGUGGCUCCCGCGGCGGGCGCGGAUGCUGCGGCGUCGGCCGGAGCAACCACCGUCUGUCAGGUCGUGGACCCGGCCACCGGUGCCGCCUCGGCUCCCGUUGCCGCCGAUGCUGCCGCUGCCGCUGCUGCCGCCCCCGCCGCGGCUCCUGCUGGAGGGGGCGGCCUCUUGGGUGGCCUCAUGGGAUUCCUUGGAGGGCUACUGAAACAUUGA